CUAUUCAAAACAAACGGAAGAAAAUCGAAUCGAUGAAAAUUUAAUAAGUUGUUCAGCAAUGGCUAGAGAAAAAAGAUCGUUCCCUUUCUCCGAAUUUGACAUUCCGACAACAAAUUCAUCUGAAAAUAAAUGGAAAAAACGGUGUUUUUCAUCAGAGUACUUAAAGAAGAAUGAUCAUCACUUAAUGACAUCCCCUGAAGAUAUAGACAUGGAAUAUGAAAACUGUGCAGAGGUACAUUACCAGAAUGGCCAAAUUGCUUUUGAAGAUUUUCAAAAUGGGUAUGAUUCACAUGUUCAGGUGAGGUUUGAAAAUGGAAACAGUUUGCAACAAACAACUAACAGUAUGCAGACUGAACAUUGUCAAAGCUUGAUGAACAAUAUUCAAAAUGGACACAGUCUACAAAAUGGAACAUUGGUCAGAGACAACAAUAACAGUGAUAUGGAAUCAUCAGUUUGUGUCAGAUGCCAGGCAGGCGAGCCAGGUCACAUAGGUCAUAUUGGUAGAUGAUAGCAGUCCUACAGAUACUUGGAUAAUGCCAUCUUAGCGUACAGUUUAUCUUUGAUAGAUUGACCUCUUCAAUGAGAGAGUGCAAGAUAGUCUGCUGAAAAGUAUUUAGAGUUAUUCUCCUUGUUUCACAAACUGAUAGUACACAUGUACUAUGAUGUAAUAUAGAGAACAAAUGGAGAAAAGAACAAGUUGUGUACAGAGCAAGUUAAGUUUUGAAUGUGAAAUGUAUGGUUAAACUUUCAUGUACGAAAAUGAAAUGGUAACAGUUCUGAACAAUGCAUUUGCUUGUUUUAGAUACAUGUAGUGUAAGCUUUAUGAUAUGUAGUCUUUCAUGAUUUGCAGUAUUUAAGUUUAUCUUUAACCUGCCGGAACUGAAACUGAUUCGCCUUUGUCAUCAGUAUAUAGCCAGGACAGCCUGUACAUUCAGUCAUUCAUGCAGUCUAACCAAGUUCUAUAAUGUUGGUAGCCUAAUUUCUGUAUUUUGAUGUUGAAAUCCCUUAAUUUUCAAAUGAAUUGUUUAAAAUAAAAAGAAGGGCAACAUUGUUACACACAUUCUGCAGGUUAAUGGCUCAAUUAAAAUUGGCAGCUUAUCUACGCAAACCAGUUUUGUCACAAGAUUUUGGAUGCAGCCUAUCCAUACCUUACAGCUAUUAACUAGAAACAUCACAUGAUGUUUUAAAGGAUUAAAGGUCUUUGACCAUUAACUAUUUUGUGAAUUUUUACAGAAUAAUAGCCUUUUAUGGACAUAGAAAAAAUAGAAAAUUACUGUUUAAGGACUUUAAGGUUAUCAUGCAAAAUUUAUCUUUACAAUAAGUGAAACCAUUUCUAUAUAAUAAACUUUCUAUCCUACCAAGGACUUAGAAUAAUGCUGCUUGCUGUCCCAAUGACUAUGUUAUUUUAUGUAUUUUAAGUAUAUGUAUAUAAAUGUAUUGUUGCAAGUUGUAAGAAUCCAUAAUUUGUGUAAAUAUUUAGUUAGUUUACAUUGUAAUAGAUACUUGUUUUUUUAUAAAAUGAAUAGAUCUUAAUUUAGAGUGUUUUUAAAAUGCAAAAUUCAAAAUCAGGAGCAGUGUAAUGAUCUCAAAUGCCUGAAAGAUUAAUUAAAUAGAGGAUAUUGAAUGUGUGGAAGUUCAAUACUAAAUUUAUUGCACAAGUUGAAUAAAAUUAUAUUAUACGAGCCUCUGGCGAGCAUAAUAUUAUUUUAUUCAACGAGCUCAAUAAAUUCAGUAAUUUAAUAUUCUAUUUGUCACAUACCCAAAAUAAAGAUCGUUUAAAGUGAAAAAAAGAGUGAUUUUUCAUUGACGUGCCUAUAGUAUAACACAAUGUUAAGCGCGUCUUUACACUAUGUUUGUAUAAUGCUAAUGACGUCACAUCAGAAUAUAUGCACGGCCGUGCAAUACCAUUUUUACGGAGUCGCAAAAUCAGCAAAUGUGUGUGAUAAAAAAGCAUUUGAAUUAAAAAAACCAUAUAUUAUUCUACUACAAUGCAAGAAAAGUUGAUAUUUAGUUCCAUUCUAAAAUGCUAAUAGAAAGACAAAUGAUAUUGAAAGUACUAAGAGAGGAGAAGUAAUUUUCAUUAGGUCAUUUUGUUAUGUGCAACAUUCCAUUUUUUAAUUUGGUACAUUCUUAUUGAAUUAAUUGAUUCACUUAAGUGCACAGUCUGUUAAGUCUGGGACAUACAAUAACAUAUUACUUUGUAACAUAUUUUAAAGCAUGUGAAAUUAAUAAAUUUGGGUGGGUUGGGCAGUGGGUAAUUUCUUUUGAAAUCAGUAUGUGUGAUUUUUCUUAUAUUAUACUAAGUAUUUUUGGCUGAGUGAUUUUUCAUUAUUAAAUUUUAUGAUAUAUAUUGAUAUAUAAAUCUACAAAAAUAUCUAUCACAGGAGAUAUUAAAUCUAGGUAAAAAAACAUUUUACUUUAUACUUCUAAUGCAAAAGAAGUUACAAGCUUAUAGGUUAUUAUGAGUUGAAAAAGAGGGGACAUAUUUUUUUGCAGCUUGAUGUUGGUUGGUUGGUCAUUCUGUCACACGUUGUUUCCGAUAAAUAACUUGAGAACGCAUUGUCCCAACUCUAAAACUUCAUAGAUAUAUUGUUCUUGGGAAGAACAUGACCCAUAUUGAUUUUCAGGGCACUUAAAUUUCAAAGACGUAUUGGCCGUGGUCAAUACAUGACCCCUUUUGAUUUUUGGGUUGAGGGCUCAAAGGCCUUGUAUGCAAAAACAGUUUCCCAGCAACCUCUGACUUGCUGAUGAGGUGGACAUGCAUGUUAUAUAUAUACAUCUCUUAUUUUUCUUUUGUUGUUAUUGUUUUAUGUUUUAAAAGGUGAAAAAUGAGUUUCAAAUGAGUUUUUCAUUCCUUAUGAAAGAAAUUCUAUGCAUGUGUUAAUCAUUUGUUUCAUUUCAAAAUAUAUUCUUUUUAUUAUCCCUUGGACCCAUUAUUUCUGGUAGUCUCAAACCAAAGUGCUUGCAGCCUUAAGCUUGCAAAAUAAGGUGGAUAAUCUGGCAUCCGACCUUUUAACAUCAAGACUGACUCCUCAAAAACAAAUAUUUUGCUUUUUGUAUGGUCUUUUUUUCUGGAACUUUUCCAAUGUGCAAAAUGGAAUCUUUAGAGAUAAAGAUAAAAAAAGUUUAAAUCACUGGAUAAAUCCUCAAACUUGGUUAUUCUCCUGCAUAUCUGUAGAAUGCUUUACUGCCGGUCUAAUGUUUCACUGCUGUUCAC